AUGUGUCAUCCCUGCGUUACCAUCGGUAUAUUUCACAAGUCCCUGCGCCACAUACUUGCCGCGGCAACGAAUCACCUUACCAUCAAAAUUCUCACCGAAGAGCCGGGCGGCGGCAGCGCCGGCUAUAUUUUCCCCUUGAACUUCAAAGCGACAGUUUCCUUUCCUUGCGAGCACUCCGCUGAUAGCAUUAUAAUGUCGCUGGCAAAAGUGGCAAACAGUUCGGAGUACAUCGCGCGUCUCCACAGGCGCUUUCUGCCCGUCUACGUUCUCUACAAAUUGACUGGGAUGCUGCCGAUGCAGAUCUCCGGGCGGCUGCUGGUCCGCCGCUCCGACAUCUACUACACCAUCUUCUACUUCGUCGUCUACGCGUGCCUCUGCGUCUAUUCGCGCGCGACCUUUCCGGAGCAGCCGACCAACGUGUCCGAGCCGCGCAACCUCGUCAUCCUGUGGGUGACGACCAUCGUUGCCUGCCAAAUGCUGAUAAUCGUCUUCUCCUUCCGCUACCGCGGGGCGCUCGUCACCGGCCUGAACAAUAUCGCCCGGCUGGACAUCGACAUGCAGGAGCUGCGCAUUGGCUCCGACGAGCUGUACACACCCAACAUGUGGAUGAUCGUCUUCCUGCUGGGUUCGGUGGUGGCGCGCUCCGCCAUCGUGCCCCUAAUCGUCGACUUAAACUAUCCGCAAAAAUGCACCACGUUCAUUGCGACGCUGGCGAAAACCAUGUGCAAAUAUCAAUUCGCGAUGCUCAUCACGUUCGUCACCAUGCGCUUCCAAAAGAUAAACGGGGCCUUGACGGAAUUAAUGCAUCCGGGCCGCGGGGACGAUGUCAAGGAGGAGGCGACACGUCGCGCACGAUUGCAGCGACUAACACGGGUGCACUUUAAAUUGUGCAACGUGUGUAAGAAUAUUCACGACGCCCUGUCGUUCACGCUUUUGUUGUCCAUGAUCCAAACAGCCGUGGACAUUUUCCAGCACACGUUCUACUUGUACUUGGCGCUGACGAAGAGUUGCGAGGGAUGCGGGUUCCUGCAUUAUUUGUGUCCGCUUUUAUGGCUGCUGGAUGAGGGUGUGGAGACCAUCAACUUGGUCAGGGCCUGCGAGAAUGUGACCGCUGAGGUGGAUAGAAUCGGGCCGCUUUUACACAAGUUGCGUCGGUUCGUGAGUGACGCAUGCGCUAAGGAUAUUUAUUCCUAUUCGAUUGAAUGUCUUCAUCAACGCGUCAAAUUCGACAUGGCUGGAUUUGUCGUCCUGGACUACAACCUGCUCUACGUGUUCUUUCAAGUUUUCUCGACGUAUUUUAUUAUCAGCAUUCAAUUCUUCGAGACACAUCUCAGUGACAAGCGCGGCAAUGCAACUCAGACCGUGCUCGGCAAUUUAUCGUAA